CAUCAAACCACAGUCGAUAUAACUCACGCAGUACAGCCCUCGCAACCACCACCGUCACCCACCAUCACCUCCUCCCGGUCUCUCCUCCAAGAACCCUCGCCUUCUUACCUCCUCUCCUUGAGUGUUUCCUGAUUCAAGAUCGAGAUCGAAUAUCCCUUGCUUAGGUCCGGAGAGAGAUCUAUUUCCCGGUGUUCAUUGUCCCUAAAUCUAAUUUUCCCCCUCCCUCGGGAACGGCCCACACCAGUGAUCAAACUACGACGGACGAACCCUUUUAAGAACCUAACCUUCGUGUUUCCCCCGUCCAUACCAUACCUAACCAACCACUAUAUCUAUCUUCUACGACGACUGACGACAUUCACCGCUGUCCGCUUCCGCCAGAAUUCACCUUUGUUCUCAUUGACGGAAAGAGGAACGAGUGGGAAAAAAAAAAAAAAAAAAAAAAAAAAAAAAAAAAAAUAGACAACUGUUUCGAUUCGAAUGGUAUAUCUGUGUUAAAGAGCUAGGGAUUGCCCCAAACUGAACAUCCCCCGCCUGGGAGAACUCGCAAACGGCGAACGCUGUCCUACAUCAUAAACGACUAUCGAUUCCUUGGUUAUUUGCUGAAAAUUGACAGCGGUUCCUGCGCAGAAGCGAAGUUUGUCAUUCCACGCCGCCUACGUCGCCACCCCUUCCUCCGCGGAUAUACGUAAUACAUUUUUGUUCUCCUAAAGAAGGACGAUACAGAUCUGAUCUGAAGAAAACAAGCCGUGCUGUUUCUUUGAGACUGUAAUUCUUUUAUCUUGUUGCGCGCAUCGUCCUCGGUACAUACAUACCCAACAGGCAACGACGGGACCGGCGCGGCAACCAUCACAUCAUCGGGAUACCCGUACAUACCGAGGGACCUCUUUUGUGGUUUUUGUCAUUUGUCCUUCGAUUUUUCUUUUACCCCUUUUUAUUAAUUAAUAGCCUGAUUGAGAGGCUCUUCAUAGCGCGACCAUGUCGAAGGUUGUGAGGAGCGUGAAGAAUGUCACCAAGGGAUACUCGUCCGUUCAGGUCAAAGUCCGCAAUGCAACGAGUAAUGACCCUUGGGGCCCUACGGGGACAGAGAUGGGGGAAAUUGCGGCGAUGACAUUUCAUAGUCCCAGCGAUUUCUACGAGAUUAUGGACAUGUUAGAUAAGCGACUGAAUGACAAGGGCAAGAACUGGCGACACGUGCUCAAGUCAUUGAAAGUGUUGGACUACUGUCUUCACGAAGGUUCGGAGAUGGUGGUUACAUGGGCCAGAAAGAAUAUUUACAUUAUCAAGACGUUGCGCGAAUUCCAGUACAUUGAUGAGGAUGGCCGUGAUGUUGGACAAAAUGUACGAGUUUCCGCGAAGGAAUUAACCGCCCUGAUCCUUGAUGAAGAUCGUCUGCGAAACGAACGCUCUGAUCGGAAACUCUGGAAGUCGCGUGUCAGCGGAAUUGACGAUGGAAUACAUGGGAUUGCUGGUGGCAGUGAACCAGGUCGCCGCCCAAGGCGGGAUCGCCCUCACCGGCAAGCUGACGAAGAGGAUGCUGAAUACCGCCUUGCAAUCGAAGCAAGCAAGCACGAAGCUGAGGAGGAGAGGAAACGACGCCAAAGGGAGACAAACGUCGAAGCCGACGAUGACGAUCUUGCCAAGGCUAUUAAAUUGAGUAAGGAAGAAGAGGAGCUUCGAAGGCGUGAACUGGAGGAGAGUAAUCCCUCUGCGCUGUUCGACGACAACACUCCCGCUGCGCCGCAACCUGCUCAGCCUCAAUUAACAGGAUAUAACCAGGGAUACCAGCAACAGCCUGCGGUAGAUUGGUUUGGGAACCCAAUGGACCAACAGCAACCUAUGUCGACAGGCUACUUGAACAAUCAAUACGCGCAACCAACGGGAUUCCAGCCGCAACAGACGGGUUUUACAAAUGGCUAUACAGGCGGCUUCCCCGCUCAACAACCCGGCUAUGAUCAGUUCGCGCAGCAAAAUAACUUCUUGCAACCCCAAGCCACCCUCCAACCACAGCAAACUGCAUUCAAUAACCCCUAUGGCAAUGAUAUCUUUGGUCAGCCACAACAACAGCAACAGCAACAGCCGCAACAACAGCAAUCGCAACAAGACAACAGCUUCCUCCAGCCAGGAACUCAUAACCCAUGGGCAUCAAACCAACAACAACCAGCAGAUGCGCUUAAGCCCAUGCCAACGGGCUCCAAUAAUCCAUUUGCCUCGUCAUUCACACGAGCCCAAGCACAGCAGGUCCAAAAGACCGGCCCACCAUCUCUCGGCACCCUCACUGAACAGCGCACCGCUCAUCAAUUCACCAACAACCAGCCUUCGACAAACCCCAUCAUGAACUUCCAGUCGUCCAGCAAUACACAGCAGCAGCAGCAGCAGCAGCAGCAACAACAACAACAACAACUUCAAAACCCGCAGCACGCCCGUCUCAACGCCCUCCUCGCCACCGGCGACGGACAAGAUACCUUCGGCAACGUCGGCGACCUCCGUAUCCCUGCCCAGCACACCGCGCCCGGCGUAUUCGUAAAUUCUGCCGGUCAGGGUCUCGACCGUCUCCAACCAAACCAAACCGCGAACAAUCCCUUUUUCAACCAGCAGUUUACAGGCGCUCCGCAGCAGCAGCAGCACCAGCGGAAUAAUAAUCCGUUUGGAAUGGGACAGCCGGGCUAUGUGGCCCAGCCUCAGCAGAGUGGGAAUCUGAUUGACCUGUGAAGUUAGGAAGGAGGAAGGAGGAAGUUGGAGUAGGGGAAGUGGGGAGAGAGGGCUUUUAUGGGUUGAAGUUUUCUUUGUUCUUAUGACGAUGUCCUCUUCAAACAAACGCGUUGUGUGGAGUUUGCGGGAAUUUUGUAGAAUUCCAUGGCCGGGACACGUUGUGAUUUGAAGAGCGGAGGGGAGGAUUUUCAUAUUUUAUGAAGAGCUUGUCAAUUUGCGCAAGAGAGACAAGAAGUUUAGCCCUUCCACAGUUUUAUUCCUUACUUUUUUCCGUGUGCUCGGUGAAAAUUGGGUCUUAUAUUUUGGGGCCAUUUUUUGUCCCCCCCCCCCCCUCUCUCUCUCUCUCCCCUUUUCUCCCUUUUUUUUCUUUUUUUUUUCUUUUUGCUAUGUUUUACUUAGGUUUUUGUAUCUUUUUCCAUCUCUUUUUGAAGAGUCCGCCCGUCCUUCU